CCCCUUCGCUUUUUGCUCUUUCCCCUCCUCCGUCUUCCUCUCUUCUCCUCGACUCCGCGGUUUAGUCCACUCCAUUCCCACCAAAAAUCUCUCCUCCCAAAUUCCCCCACCUCCCCGACGAAUUCGCCCGGCUCGCGCUCUCCGCUGCUCGAUUCCGCAGUCGCCGCCGCCAAUUCGCUCGGUUCUGCGCUUCCCGCUGAUCCGCUCUCUAGUAUUUGUUUUUGUUUUUUUUGCUUUUUGUUUCCGGUGAUUUGGGGUGUAUGAGCUCGGGUUCGCUGCGUGCUGCGUGAUUCCUCCACUGCGUCGUAGGGCGGUGGUGCCGGGGGCAUGUGGGUUUCUCUGGUCUGGAUCCGCGGGUGCGUGGGCGUCACGUUCGUCGACUACUUGGGCGGGAGGGGAGCCGACUAGAUCUUUUUUUUUUUUCGCGGUGAGAGGGGGUUGAGGCCGACGGGGGCUUGGGAUUCUAGGGUUUGGAGGGCGGAGGGCCAUGGAGGCAGCCAGGGUCGGGGCGCAGAGCCGCCACUUGUACGGCGGCGGGUUGGGUGAGCCUGACCUGGUGGACAGGCGCGAGAAGAGGCUGUUCGGCUGGGACCUCAACGACUGGCGGUGGGACAGCGAGCGCUUCGCCGCGACGCCUGUGCCCGCUAGAGAGGCGAGUGGCUUGGCGCUGAACAGCUCGCCGUCUUCCUCCGAGGAAGCUGGGGCCGCGGCGGUGAGAAAUGUUAAUGUCAGAGGUGACUCCGAUAAGAGGAAGCGGGUGGUGGUAAUUGAUGAUGAUGAUGUGGAGGAUGACGACCUGGUGGUGGAGAACGGCGGCGGGUCACUCAGCUUGAGAAUUGGUGGUGGUGCUAUUGCCCCUGGAGCAGGGAUGGAUGGUGGUGCCGAUGAGGAAGACAGGAAUGGUAAAAAGAUCAGGGUGCAGGGAGGCAGUUCUAGUGGCCCCACGUGCCAGGUGGAAGGCUGCACUGCCGACCUUACUGCUGUGAGGGAUUACCAUCGACGGCACAAGGUCUGUGAGAUGCAUUCCAAGGCCAGCACUGCUGUUGUUGGGAACAUCGUCCAGCGGUUCUGCCAACAAUGUAGCAGAUUCCACCCUCUUCAAGAAUUUGAUGAAGGGAAGCGAAGUUGCCGCCGACGUUUAGCAGGCCACAACAGACGAAGGAGGAAAACUCGCCCUGAAGUUGCUGUUGGUGGUACUGCUUUGACCGAGGACAAAGUUAGCAGUUAUUUAUUGUUGGGUCUCCUUGGGGUAUGUGCAAAUUUGAAUGCUGACAAUGCUGAGCAUUUAAGAGGUCAGGAGUUGUUAUCUAAUCUUUUGAGAAACCUGGGGGCUGUUGCCAAGUCAUUGGAUCCAAAAGAACUCUGUAAACUCUUGGAGGCAUGCCAAAGCAUGCAAGAUGGAUCAAAUGCUGGGACCUCUGAAGCAGCUAAUGCAUUGCCAAAUACUACUGUAUUGGAGGCUGCAGGGCCAUCUAACUCUAAGAUGCCUUUCGUGAACAGUGAUCAAUGUGGGCUGGCAUCAUCAUCGGCUGUACAAGUACAAUCAAAGUCUCCCACUGUUGCAACUCCUGACCCUCCAGCAUGCAAGUUUAAGGAUUUUGAUCUGAAUGACACCUGCGGUGAUAUGGAAAGCUUUGAGGGUGGGUAUGAAGGUUCACCUACGCCAGCCUUUAAGACUGCUGAUUCUCCCAACUGUCCAUUAUGGAUUCACCAAGAUACUACUCAAAGCCCACCACAGACUAGUGGCACUUCGGAUUCAACAUCAAUUCAGUCAUUGUCAAGCUCAAAUGGAGAUGCUCAGUGUCGGACUGAUAAAAUUGUCUUCAAGCUUUUCGAGAAAGUUCCUAGUGAUUUACCUCCAGUUUUGCGAUCACAGAUUCUCGGUUGGUUGUCCAGUAGCCCUACUGAUAUAGAGAGCUAUAUUAGACCUGGCUGUAUUAUUUUAACAGUAUAUCUUCGCUUAGUUGAGUCUGCGUGGAAAGAGCUCUCUGAUAAUAUGAGCUCAUACCUGCAUAAGCUUUUGAAUAGUUCUACUGGCAACUUUUGGGAAUCUGGUUUGGUAUUUGUAAUGGUACGGCAUCAGAUAGCUUUUAUGCACAAUGGUAAGCACAAAUGCUUAGUUAGCUUUGCAAUGCUUUCAAGUUCUAUUAUACACAUUUUGCACUGGAAGUUUGCUAGUCUCACUAGUCACUAUGCGUGCCUUUAUGUCACUGCAGGUCAAGUUAUGUUGGACAGACCACUUGCAAAAAGUUCUCAUAAUUACUGCAAGAUUUUAUGUUUGAAACCAAUUGCUGCUCCUUUGUCAACAAAAGUGAAUUUCAGGGUAGAAGGCUUUAACCUAGUCAGUGCUUCCUCAAGGCUGAUUUGCUCAUUUGAAGGGCAUUGUAUAUUCCAGGAAGACACAGAUAAUAUAGUUGACGACGAUGAGCAUGAUGAUAUCGAAUAUUUGAACUUCUCUUGUUCUCUCCCUGGUUCAAGAGGGAGAGGAUUCUUAGAGGUUGAAGAUGGUGGAUUUAGCAACGGUUUCUUCCCAUUCAUAAUUGCUGAGCAGGACAUAUGCUCUGAGGUCUGUGAACUGGAGAGCAUAUUUGAGUCCUCCAGUCAUGAACAGGCAGAUGAUGACAAUGCCAGAAACCAAGCUUUAGAGUUUAUAAAUGAGCUGGGCUGGCUUCUUCAUAGAGCAAACGUAAUAUCUAAACAUGAUGAGGUUCCUUUAGCAUCCUUUAACAUAUGGAGAUUCAGAAAUCUUGGUAUAUUUGCCAUGGAGCGUGAGUGGUGUGCUGUGACCAAAGUGCUGUUAGAUUUCUUAUUUAUUGGCCUCGUUGAUAUGGGGUCCCAGUCUCCAGAAGAGGUGGUGUUGUCAGAAAAUUUGGUGCACACUGCCGUGCGGAGGAAAUCUGCCCGAAUGGUUAGGUUUCUGCUGGGAUACAAGCCAAACGAAAGCCUGAAGGCAACUGCAGCGACAUACCUAUUCAGACCUGAUGCUCAAGGCCCUUCCAAAUUUACCCCCCUCCAUAUAGCAGCUGCAACAGACGGUGCAGAGGAUGUAUUGGAUGCACUGACUGAUGAUCCUGGACUGGUUGGGAUCCACGCAUGGAGAAACGCGCGAGACGAUGCAGGCUUCACCCCAGAAGACUACGCUCGCCAGAGAGGCAACGAUGCUUACCUGAAUAUGGUUGAGAAGAAGAUCAAUAAGCACCUUGGCAAAGGCCACAUUGUCGUCGGCGUCCCUAGUGGCGUGCACCCUGUAAUAACCGACGGCGUGAAGCCUGGUGGUGAAGUCAGCCUGGAGAUCGGCGCAGCAUCACGCUGCAACGCCUGCAGCCGCCAGGCUCUCAUGUACCGGCAUUCGACGGCGACGACCUUCCUCUACAGGCCAGCGAUGCUGACUGUGAUGGGCAUCGCCGUGAUCUGCGUCUGCGUCGGCAUACUACUCCACACCUGCCCCAAGGUUUAUGCAGCACCAACAUUCAGAUGGGAGCUGUUAGAGCGUGGAGCAAUGUGAGGUGAGGAGAGCUUAGAAUGGAAUAAGUGUACUAGUGUCUCUUAUGUGUGUCGAGAGCUUAGUGUGCUGGCCUAAGAUCAAAAAGAACAAUACUAUGUGGAGGAUGAUCCUUUGUAUUUAAAGCAGGAUCGUUUCGUUUAUAUAAAGCUCACAUACCGUCGUUAUUAAUUAUCA